CAAACCAUGCAACCAGGCUCGAUUGUGCAUUCCUCUCUCAACUCCAAUUGACAGUAUUAGUUGUCUGAGCCACACACGACAGAGCGUAUACUGGUUUUAUCCCAAGGCAGCGCGCCCAGAUGGCUUCGUCCACGGUGACAUUGGAGAAGACGACCACAAUCCGUAGCGAAGCCGUUGUCGCGGCCGAUGCGGCCGUGGACAGAGCAGCGACGUUGAAGUCUCCUCUCCUGGAAGGAAAGAAGUGCGGCGACGGUGGCGUUGCGAAGCGGUGCUGCGAGCGCAAGUACGAGCUCGUCAGCUACGACGCGCUCCCGGCCUUCCUCAAGCACAACGAGUUCAUCAUCGACUACUACCGCAGCGAGUGGCCCAUCAAGCAGGCGCUCCUCAGCGCCUUCGCCGUCCACAACGAGACCGUCAACGUCUGGACGCAUCUGAUCGGGUUCUUCAUGUUCCUCGCGCUCACCGUGUGCGCCGCCACGAUGGUUCCCAUGGAAUCUUCCGCGACGUCCAUGACCAUGGCCAACAACACCGGCAACCCAAUGGUACUGAUGAUGAUGAGCUACGGCAGCAACGGAGCGGCCAUGGCAGUGCAGGCUCUGCGCAACGUGUCCGUCGAAUCGGAGCUCGCGGCGGCGGCGUUGUCGGCGGCGGGCGACCAGGUCGCGCGUUGGCCGUUCUACGCGUACCUCUGCGGCGCCAUGUUCUGCCUGCUGAUGAGCAGCGCGUGCCACCUGCUGGCCUGCCACUCGGAGCACGCCAGCUACGUGCUGCUCCGCCUCGACUACGCCGGCAUCACGGGCCUCAUCGUCACCUCCUUCUACCCGCUCGUCUACUACACCUUCCUCUGCGACCCGUUCUUCCGCACGCUCUACCUCGGCUUCAUCACGCUCUUCGGCGCCGCCGCGGUGGCCGUCUCGCUGAUGCCGGUGUUCGAGAAGCCCGAGCUGCGGUGGGCGCGCGCCGGCCUGUUCGCGUGCAUGGGCAUGUCAGGACUCGUUCCAAUCGUGCACAAGAUGCUCGUGUUCGGGGCGCGCCCGGAGGCGGUGCUCACCACGGGCUACGAGAUGGUCAUGGGGGCGUUCUACCUCGCCGGCGUGGUGGUGUACGCCACCAGGGUGCCGGAGCGGUGGAUGCCGGGGAAGUUCGACCUCGCCGGCCACAGCCACCAGCUGUUCCACGUGCUCGUCAUCGCCGGCGCCUACGCGCACUACCUGGCCGGAGUGGUCUACCUCAGCUGGAGGGACGGGGAAGCUUGCUGAGGCGUUCGAGGAUGCUGCGCUGGCAUCGUACAAAAUUGACUACGUGUACCCUUUGUUGACUCGGCACGGAUUUUGUUUUCUACUGUUCUUUUUUUUUCUUUGUUAUUUACUGUUGUAUUUGUACCCUUCCAAAAAGUGAACAUACAUGCAUGUACCAAUUUGUGAUUCGAACCAGUUAACACAAAAGAAAGAUGGUUAACCAUGUUCCUAAAAAA